AUGUCGGACUCUGAAGCUGGAUCGUCUGCAAGCGGGUCGCGCUCCCCCUCGCCCGCCCCUCACCCUCCCACCACCGCCGCCUCCUCCUCAUCAGCUCAACCGGUCGCCUCGUCCUCCAAAGCCCUCCCGCUCCUCUCAACCGAGCCCACCUCCUCCACAACCUUCUCAGACCUCGGUCUCCUCCCCGAACUCUGCACAGCCUGCACCCAACUCGGCUUCAAACAGCCGUCCGAGAUCCAGCGCGAAUGUAUCCCCUUCGCGCUCGAGGGAAGGGACAUUAUCGGUUUGGCGCAGACGGGAUCGGGAAAGACGGCGGCGUUCGCGUUGCCUAUAUUGCAUGCGUUGUGGCAGGAUCCGCAGGGGUUGUUUGCGGUUGUCCUCGCGCCGACUCGCGAGCUGGCCUACCAGAUCGCCGACCAAUUCACCGCCCUCGGAUCCGGCAUCGGCGUCCGCGUCGCCACCAUCGUCGGCGGGAUGGACACGAUGGCUCAACAGGUCGCGCUCGCCAAGAAGCCGCACAUCGUUGUUGCGACGCCCGGAAGGUUGCAGGAUCAUCUGGAGAAUACGAAGGGUUUCAGUUUGAGGAAUCUGAAGUAUUUGGUCAUGGACGAGGCGGACCGACUGCUUGACCUGGACUUCGGACCCGUCAUCGACAAGAUCCUCAAGGUCAUCCCUCGCGAAGGCCGACGGACGUACCUUUUCUCCGCGACGAUGACCACCAAGGUCGCCAAGCUCCAGCGCGCCUCCCUCCGCGACCCAGUCAAGCUCGAAGUCUCGAGCAAAUACCAAACCGUCUCGACCCUCCUCCAAUACUACCUCCUCGUCCCGCUCAAACACAAGGACCUCCACCUCGUCCACCUCCUCCACACCCUCUCAGGCUUGACAGCCAUGGUCUUUGUCCGAACAGUCGUCGACGCUCAACGCCUCUCGAUCCUCCUUCGCCUCCUCUCCUUCCCCGCUAUCCCCCUCCACGGCCAACUCUCGCAAUCCGCACGUCUAGGCGCAUUGAACAAGUUCAAGUCCGGAGGGAAGACGAUCAUGAUCGCUACGGACGUCGCCUCGCGUGGACUCGACAUCCCAUCUGUCGACCUCGUCGUCAACUACGAUUUGCCCACCAACUCGAAGGACUACAUUCACCGCGUUGGACGAACUGCGCGUGCAGGAAGGUCCGGAAAGAGCGUGACGCUCGUGACGCAAUACGACGUCGAGUUGUUCCAGCGAAUCGAGGGCGUCAUCGGCAAAAAGAUGGACGAGUACCCCCUCGGCGCAUCAGGCAAACAAGAAGCCCUUCUCCUCUCUGAACGAGUCGGCGAAGCCCAGCGCGAGGCCAUCAAGGAGGUCAAGGAGUUCCAGAUGGGUCUUGGGGGUGCCAAGGGGAAGGGAAAGCGGAGGAGGGAUGAGGACGAGAGGGAUAGGGAUGAUGAUGAGCGCGAGGCGGGGAUGCCGGUCAAGAGGGGCGGGGGUCGAGGCGGGAGAGGAGGUGGUAGGGGCGGGAAGCGCGGGAGGAGGUAG